CAGAGCUCUUGCAGGGAAGUGAGCACUGCACUGUCCGUGAGCCCAGUUAGGUCCAGGUCCAGGUCCAGGUCCAGGUCAAGUUGACCGAGGGCAGCGCACGUCACUGCGUCGGAGCGAAGUCCACAGGAAACCUCCGCGCUGCUCUCAGUGUUCGGUCCCGCAAACAUGCAGCGGAGUCUCGGCGGAGCCCGGCGCCGGCCGGGGCCGGGGGGUGCGGGUUUCCCCUGGGGUGCGGGUCUUCCGAGGGGUGCAGGUCUUCCCUGGGGUUUUACCUGGGUUCUGUGGCUGUGCGCGGCACCUGUGGCUCUUCACCCGCAGUGUCUGGACUUUAAGCCGCCGUUCCGCCCGCAGAGGGAGCUGGAAUUCUGCGUCAUGUACAAGUCGUUCGGCUGCUGCGACCACCAGAAGGACCAGCAGCUCAUGGCCAGGUACUACCGGAUCAUGGACCAGUUCGACUACCAGGGCUACGCCAGCUGUGCGGGGUACGUGCUGGAGCUGCUGUGCCAGGAGUGUUCUCCGUAUGCAGCCCACCUUUACGACGCCGAGGAUCCGAGCACCCCGGUCAGGACCCUCCCAGGCCUCUGUCCAGACUUCUGUUCCCAGUUCUGGAACAAGUGUCGUUUCACCAUCCCGGCCCUGUCCGAUGACCCUCAUCUAGCAAACGUCAGGGAGGACCAGACCCGGCUGUGUCGGUACCUGGAGCUGGAUGACGCCGAUUACUGCUACCCUCAUCUGCUCAGCAGCCAGACGCUCACCCAGAACCUGGGCCGGGUCCAGGUGGACUCGGAAGGCUGUCUGCAGCUGUGCCUGGAGGAAGUCGCCAAUGGGCUACGGAACCCGCUGGCCAUGGUGCAUGCCAACGACGGCACGCACCGCUUCUUUGUGGCCGAGCAGGUGGGGCUGGUGUGGACGUACCUCCCCGACCGAUCCAGGCUGGAGAAGCCCUUCUUGAACAUCACCAAGACGGUGCUGACGUCUUCGUGGGAGGGCGACGAGAGGGGCUUCCUUGGAAUCACCUUUCACCCCAAGCACAAAUACAAUGGACGCUUGUACGUGUACUACUCCGUGGAGGUGGGCUUUGACGAGAGGAUCAGGAUCAGUGAGUUCAGGGUGUCGGCCAACGACAUGAACGUGGUGGAUCACUCCUCUGAGCGAGUCAUUCUGGAGAUCGACGAGCCAGCAUCCAACCACAACGGCGGGCAGGUGCUGUUCGGGGACGACGACUACUUGUACAUCUUCACUGGUGAUGGUGGGAUGGCAGGAGACCCGUUUGGCAGAUAUGGAAACGCCCAGAACAAGUCAGCUCUGUUGGGUAAAGUUCUUCGCAUCGAUGUGGACCACAAUGAGAGAGGUCCGCUGUACAGAAUCCCUCCAGAUAACCCCUUCAUCCACGAGCAGGGAGCGCGACCCGAGGUCUACGCUUAUGGCGCCCGCAACAUGUGGAGAUGCUCUGUGGACCGCGGUGACCCACUGACCAAAGAGGGCAAAGGCCGGAUCUUCUGCGGGGACGUCGGCCAAAACAAGUUUGAGGAAAUCGACAUCAUCGAGAGAGGCCGAAACUACGGCUGGAGAGCCAAAGAGGGGUUCUCCUGCUACGAUAAGAAGCUAUGUGCCAACAGCUCGCUGGAUGAUGUCCUGCCCAUCUACGCCUACCCUCACAAGAUGGGUAAGUCGGUGACGGGCGGCUACGUGUACCGCGGCUGUGAAUAUCCCAACCUGAACGGCUUGUACAUAUUUGGAGACUUCAUGAGUGGGCGUCUGAUGAGCCUGCAGGAGGACAGGAACAGCGGGAUGUGGAAGUACAACGAGGUGUGCAUGGGGCUGGGCCUGACGUGCGCCUUCCCCGGACUCAUCAACAACUACCACCAGUACGUCAUCUCCUUUGCUGAGGACGAAUCUGGUGAGCUUUACUUCAUGUCCACAGGAAUCCCGAGUGCUACGUCGCCCUCAGGAGUGGUUUAUAAAGCUGUGGACCCCUCCAGACGGGCUCCACCGAGACACUGCCACUACGAUCCUCUUCCUGUCAGAGUAAAAAGUAACCUCAUUAAGUUUAUUCCCCAAGAAACUUUGAUCGGCGUAGACCUCCCCAACAAAAACCAGCCCACGCCUCCGCCCACAGAGUCUUACGACUGGCUCCAGGAGCUCAUCGAUCGCCUUGGAGAACCGGGCCCAAACUCCCCCACGCCUGCCCUAACCACAACCAGCACCAGAGCCCCCCGAGGCUCCAGGCGGAAAGGCCGGCGCAGGAAGGGGAAACAAAGAACAGACGGCGCUGCCAAGCUCCAGAAUGGAGCGGUGCGGCUGGUUGGGGACGAACACGGGCGGCGUGACCGUGGGCGGGUGGAGGUCCACGUCAACGGGGAAUGGGGAACCGUGUGCGACGACCUGUGGACCAUCAAGAACGCCGAGGUGGUCUGCCGGCAGCUGGGCUUCCCGUAUGCGCUGAAAGCAGCCAGGAACGCUGAGUUCGGUGAGGGCAGGGAGAUGCGGAUCCUUCUGGAUGACGUCCAGUGUGAAGGGACCGAGUCCAGCCUGCUGGACUGCAUGCAUCCUGGUGUCGGGACCAGCAACUGCGCCCACUAUGAGGAUGCUGGAGUGAUCUGUGGGAACUUGCAGCACGUCAUAGAAGCCUGAAACCUGACCGCCGCCAAGUCGGAGAUAAUUAACAUGAACUAAGUCUUAAUUAAUCAGCCGAACCGACCCGGACUCGUGAAUCAGAACACCUGACCCGACUGGCCCGAACCAGACGUCUGACAGUGAAGUUGACGAAACCCGUAACCAUCCCAACCCGCUAGGAUUGCCACUGUUAAUUGUUAUUUGUUUGUUUGUAAAACCUGCGAAAGGUUUAUAUUUUUGGAGGAUUUGAGACCCUUCUCAAAGAAGUGAGUUGUCUGGAGGUCCUCCGUAGUCCCCCGGGACAAGUCUCACCUCCACAUUUGCAGCAAUGCAGGAUCAGGGACAUCUGUGUUGUAAUGUAAUCUGCAGUUCGGCUGAAGUUCGCUCACCGUUUCACAGACGCAGCACUGUCGCCGCUACACUCAGCGCUACACACAGCGCUGCCGCCACUACACGCAGCGCUACACGCAGCGCUACACGCAGCGCUACACGCAGCGCUACACAGCGCUGUCGCCCCUACAUGCAUCGCUACACAGCACUGUCGCUGCUACACGCAGCGCUACACAGCACUGUCGCUGCUACACGCAGCGCUACACAGCGCUGUCGCCGCUACACACAGCGCUACACAGCACUGCCGCCGCUACACGCAGCGCUACACAGCGCUGUCGCCGCUACAUGCAGCGCUGUCGCCGCUACACGCAGCGCUACACAGCGCUGCUGCCGCUAGACUCAGCGCUGCACAGCGCUGCUGCCACUACACGCAGCGCUACACAGCACUCUCGCUGCUACAGGUACACGCGGCGCUGCUGCCGCUAG